UCGCCCCUGUGAUGAUCAGCUGCGAAGUUGUACUGUUAAACACGCUCAAUUUACGGAAAUUUUUACAACGGAUAAUAAUUUCGCAUUUUGCAAAUGCUUUAAAAGAAAAUAAGGACUUAUUGCGUAUGCGUUUGAAAUUAAUCGCGAGAUGGUUGCGACUGUUGCGAGUCGACGGGAGGACAGCUGAACGAUUGAUGCUUUAUUCGAGCGUCGUAAAAUGACACGCGGAAGUCGAAGUUCUCGUGAACGAAGAUCUACAACGAUCGGUGAACAGCUCCAGCAGAAUGACAGCGAGGAUGGAGCUUCCGUUCGCGCUGUGGAGAACGACAGCUACGUGAAACACAGUAACACGCCGUCGCAGAAACGAUGGAGUAGCUCGGAAGAUUCGAGCCGACCCUAUAGCCGAGAAAUCAAACCAAGUUUUCUUCGGAGACAAGAUAACAUUGAAGACACGGAGACCGAGUCACCGGAUACCAAGAGCAAUAAUAAGUCACGCAAAGCCGACUCGUUACACUCGGCUCGUGAAAAAGCGCGUAAUUCCGACGUUCAUACGAGCGAAGAAAGAUUCGCGUCCAGGUCUCUCGGGGGAAGGAGGAAGCGCAGUAAACGGACCGAAAGACGAAACUUCGGGACCCGGCCACGCACGGCAGAUCACGAUCACGAUCGAGCAGAUACCGGAUCUUCCGCGAAACGCUACAGUGACAGAGAAGAUAGCCUCGCUGAUAAAUCACGAAAAAGAAGAAGGAAUGUUUCCCGAGCGGACGACGAGGUGCCCAUCACCGAGAUCUUGAAGAAGGCUCAAGAAAAUGCGCGCACAAAAUAUGAGGAAGCUGUGCCGCUUCCGGAAUUGACUACGGAUACAAUUUAUAUUCAAGGCAGGAGCGGCUUUAGCGCUGUGAAAAUUGGCGGAUCGAGACGUGCUUUGGAAAAUGAUACGACGCGCGCGACAAACGGUAGAGAAGGCUGCGAUUCCGCAGAGACACGAACGUACACGUUGAUAAAGGUGGCAAUCACGGCACAGAAAUUUUGGAAGUGCACAGGUCUCGUUUAUCAAGGUCUCUUGGGUGGGAUGGCAUUUUUGCAUUUCAUAAUGAUUCAUGUCUUUUUUAAUACUUCGAUGGAAUUCAUGUCGAAUUAUUCGGUCUUCUCCGAAAUGUAUGCGAAUAUAUUCUCCUUCCUAGUCGCUCUUUGCGUCAUCUCCAUCUUCGAUAAAUUCGAUCUGGCGCGGCUUGAUAUGGAUCACUUGCGCGAGAUUUAUAUGGAUCAUGCAAAAACCGCGAUCGCCGUUCUGCUUUAUCUGGUAACUUUCGGACUCCAUCAAGCAUCGUCAAAGGUGGAUGAUCAGUUAGCUUUGUUGCAUUAUCAUGGUAUCAACGAAACGUGGUCGAACAAUACAGCGCAGGAAACGUUUCUGGAGGAGCUGAAUGGCUGGCAGAAGAUAACGAUAUCGAAAGACCUUCUCGCGGUUUUCGCUUGGCUGUUCGUCACUUUUGGGACUCGAAACAACAUGCUGUUGACGCACCUUGAAUCGAUGGUGCAAUAUGCGAACAACGCGGAAUCACCGAGAUGACAUUCGAGAAACCACUUUCACUGGCGAAUGAGACAAACGCGCAUAAAGUUCUUCCGCGCGAUCGCGCAGACAUGUCACAAAGUGCUGAGAACAGGAAUACUUUAGAGAAUAAUGAUUCACUUUGCCGAAUACUUACC